CCCAGUCUCCGCCCGACCCUCUCCUUGCGCCCCCUCCCCGCCGCCCCUCUCCCUGCGCCGCCUCCAUCUCGUGCUCCGGCGGCUCUGCCCUCCCCCCGCCUCUGCCGCACCACCCUCUGCACCCGCCCCCCCCUCCCGUGUCCCUGCUGUGCGCCGCCGCCCCCCUGAAUUGGGCCGCCCCUACCGUCGCCCCCUGCAUCGAGGCCACGCCACGCUCGUCGGGUUGCACCUGUGAGUAGGGGGCACGAAGGUGGAUUGGAGGCUGCUUCCGCCGGUCGCCUGACACAGCAAAGGAGCCGCACCCCUCCACCAAAGCAUCAAGGGCUCCAGGGCACCGCAAGAAAAGCGAGAUCCAGAUAAGCGGAAACAAUAAGGGCCAAGACGUCGAUAUUGCCCCUGCAAUUUUACUGGGCCUCCGCAAACUUGCCGCCUCCCGUACGCUCUGCUGUCUGCUCCCCCAAUCGGACACUCCCCGACGUCCGACUUGCUCCCCUGCGUCGUUCCGAAGUCCGAACCCUAGGUGGCCAGCAGCUGGCGGCGGCAAGCACGGCGGCGGAGCUUGCGGGGCAGCAGAGGGUGGCCCGGCGGUGCACCACGGCUCCAGCGCGUGCGCUCGUAGCUGCGCAGAGCGGGGCCAUAGGGGGCUCCACAGUGGCAGAGCGCCAGCGCCGAAGGGGCUCCGCAGCCAGCGGGCACAGCGGCCUACGGCAUCGACUCCACCCCUCUGUGACCUCUGCACCUUCGUCCGUUCUCCCUUCUCUGCUCCGGGCUCAGCACAGCCGCACGGCAAGUCAGCAACUGAGAUACCGAGGGGUAGAUGGCAGCAUUGCGUAUUCUGUUCCUGUAUUGAUGAGUUUGCCAUCAAAUUUAUUAGCUAACCAGCCUCAUCUUCUUCCUGUGAACGAAAUUGGAGUACCUAUAGCUUCAUCCCUAGCUUCCUUAUAUAUUGUUAUGAGCUUUCUAAUGCAUUGUUAUUUAUUAUUUUUUUAAAAAAAAGUGAAACGUAUCCGUACUGAUACGUGUAUCUGUGUCUGUGUAACAUAUUUAUCUUAUGUUUAUUUUGUAACUUAUGCAAGUUUCGAACUUAUUUGUUGGAUUUUAGGUAUUAUUAGUCCUUUUUAAAUAUGUUAUCCUACUUUUGGUUAUUGUACACUUAUUUACCAGAUUUCUUGGAGAAUUUUGUAGUUGUAUUACCGAAUUGCGUAUUGGAGUUUUGGCUAGGCAUACCCUGAGUUAAAAUCCUUGGUCCGUCACUGCACAGGCUUUAAGAAGUUAUUGGGAACAAGGGGAGCCAGACAAGCCAGCAAACAACUAGAUGGAGGCAGUGGUCCGGAAGGUGCAGCAGCGGGUGAGGAAGGCGCGGGAGGAGAUGGACUUGUGGGAUGACCUCAACUCCCGCCUCCUUACUAAGUUCGGCAGGGCCACCGUAGUCAUCGAUCGCCUUCUGGUGCUUGGAGAGGACAAGAAUCAUGGUGCCUUGCAUAGUGUGGCUAACAUCCCAGAGGACCUCAUGGGGAAGCAGAUUGAGAGUCUGGAGCUCGUCUUUGUUUCUAUGAGGGAGACACUGGAGAAGUUAAAUGGCGUUGUGAGAGCUCUAAAUAAGGCUCUGUGUGAUACUAACCAGAUGGUGAGAGGCGGGUCAGCACUCACGGAGAAACAGAUGCAGUUACAAGUGGGAAUUUUGCCAACUAUUGCGGAAUGCUUGGAUGGGCUUCAGACAUUAUGCGAGAUGCACCAGGCUGAGUUUGCACUAAAAUCAUCAGUUAUCUCCUUGUUGACAUGGAAGAGCAGUUCCAGUGACAUAGCUGCACUACGCCAACUCUUAGUAGACCAGCCAAACAUACCAAAAGAUGAAGUUCAAUCCAUAUUCAACAUUAUAUUUGCAGACGAAAUUUGUUAACCAGUUUGUAUUUGAACUGUUGAAGCCUGUGGCCCUGUCUAGCUGCCCACUCAGAUAAUGCCUGAUUUAAUCUGAAAUUUCAUGUUCGAUGAUCCUGAUUGUUGAAGCAGUGCGGCCAAGCCAUGUCUUUAUUUCCAUCAGCAACAGUGAUUGAACACCUGGAAUCUGUCUUUGUUUCCACCAGCAACAGUGGUUGGAGAACUGGAGCUGCCAUCGGUUUAGUUCUGAAGCAUAGGAAAACCAAUCUACAAUGUAGUUUAGCAUAUUGCAGAUGGCCCAUUAUGUCUCUUGGUAUUCUGUCACAUAUAUGGAUCUCAGCAAAAUACAGUGAUGGUCUGGUAGACCUGCUGCAGGUACAAACACAAGUGAAAUAGUUGCCUGAAAUUUGCAUACCCGCACUGACCAAGGAUAACAUUGUUUGGCAACUAAUCUUCUUUCUCAUUCCCUCAUUUACCAUACAUUGUUUUCUUGUUGCAUUGGGAAUGCUUGCAGUGUGCACCUCUGUAAAUUAUUUGAAAGGCAAUUUCAGUUUGUCCAUGAAGUUAAUCAUACCCGAGAGGAGAAUUUAACUCAA